AUGAAAAGGUUUAAAGCUAGAUUGGUAGUUAGAGGGAACACUCAGGUAGAAGGGAUUGAUUUCAAUGAAACCUUCUCACCUGUUGUCAAGUUGGGCACUGUCAGAUGCUUGAUUGCUGUUGCACUUAAGAAAAACUGGCCUUUAUUUCAAUUAGAUGUUAACAAUUCCUUCUUACAUGGUGACCUAAAUGAAGAGGUCUACAUGAAAAUUCCCCCAGGGCUUUCAGUUCCUUCAACUUCUUCAAGUUCUGCCCCCUUGAGGUUUCCAUCUUCUACUGUUUUUCUUGUUGUUUAUAUGGAUGACAUCAUCCUCACUGGUGAUGAUUUGUCUGAGAUUUCAGCUCUUAAGUCAUUUUUGGAUGCCCAAUUCAGAAUUAAGGAUUUGGGACUCCUUCAUUAUUUUUUGGGUAUUGAGGUUCUUCAUCAUUCCUCAGGUAUUAGCUUGCAACAAAAGAUGUUCAUACAUGAUUUGCUUACUGAAUAUCAUUGUUCUGAUGUUUCUGAGGUUGUUGCUCCUUUAGACAUUUCACUUAAACUACAUGUUAAUGUUGGGGAUUUGUUGCCUGAACUUGAUAAAUAUAGAAGUUUAGUUGGUAAGUUGAAUUACUUGACUCACACUAGGCCUGAUUUAUGCUUCACUGUCCAACACCUUAGCCAGUUCCUCCAGGCUCCUAUAAUUCCACACAUGUUUGGUGCUCUACAUGUCUUGAGAUACUUGAAGGGUACACUUGAUCAUGGGGUUUUUCUUAACAACUCUUCUGAUUUCUCAUUGUUGGCUAGCUGUGACAGUGAUUGGGUUGCUUGCCCUACUUCUAGAAGGUCUGUUUCUGGGUUUUGCAUUUAUUUAGGGGGCAACCUCAUAAGUUGGAAGUCUAAAAAGCAACUAAUUGUCUCUUUAUCUUCUGCUGAAGCUGAAUAUCGAGCCAUGAGUAAGGUGGUUGCAGAGCUAGCUUGGCUUGUUUGUUUGUUGAUUGAUCUGGGUGUGCCUAUUACUACUCAUGUUCCACUUUUGUGUGAUAGCCAAGAUGCCAUCCAUAUAGCCAGAAAAUCAUGUCUUUCAUGA